GAUGAAUUAUAGGCAAAAGAAUUUUCUCAAGGGAGAUGUUUAACAUUUGAAUGGUGCAAAUUAGUGAAUUGGAGGAGGGAUCUUUACCGUGCAGCCACCCACUUAUUUAACACUACCAGUUUAGCUUCUAAAAGCAAAAUCAUCGUGAACGUUGGGUUGUGUGCUUCCACUGCCGUGAGAAUAUGGUUUUACUGUGAUGGAAAUGAUGACCAACAAUGGCAACAAGGACGUGAUUUUGAGAUAUAUGUAUUGAUCAUGCGUCUUUGGUUUCGAAGCAACAGAAGAGAAGGAGAAGAAGAAGAAGAGGUCAUUCAAAAUCAAUCCUAUCCUAGCUAUUUCUCAUAUCUGUCAGAAAUGGAGGGCGAUGGUGAGGAUCAGACGGAUGUGGUGCUGCAAGUCACGCAAAUUGCGGAUAUUACAUAUGCCAGGGUUGCUGCAAAUACGUAUAUUCCGGUUUAUCAUACGGUGAACAAACGUGUAUUAGACAGACGUGCAUUCGAAAAUUUAAACCAAUUGGAAGAUACAGUUGACCGAAUAAUUGGUGAAUUUUUAGGGGAUUCUCAGGACUUUGUUAGGGUUUACGUGGAUGUCAAUGGAGAUACAUUGAAUCCUACUCAACUGGGGUGGCCGGAUUUUAUCAUUAGCUUGAAUUGCAUUAUAAUUCAACAAUAUCAUCUUCCCCAAUAGAUUGUUUCUGUAAUUUCUUGUCAAAUUUGAACUGUUUCAACUCAUAUAUAUGGUUUGUGUGUUGUCGUUUUGGAGUUAUAGCCAUUGACAACAAUUGAAGGAAUCCUUUACUGAAAUAAACUCUGCAGUUUUUAAUUA